AUUUGAAUUUGGUCAAAAUCACCAAAAAAAUAAAAAAAAAUCAGGAACCCUAAUUGUCAACAAAAACCCUAAAUCCUUCAAACUUAACGACUUCUAUCACCAAAAACCUCUCAUUUCUCCAUUAACACACUCAAUUAACCCGAGAAUGGAGGUUGAGAGGCUCUACGACGUCGUUUCCGGUGCUCCGGUGGCAGAGAUCUUCAGUUUGAUGGUUCAGACGGUUUUGGAUGCUCAGAAAUCUGUUCAUUGGCUUCUGUUUUUGGUAGGAUCGAUAUCCAAUAAUGCUGAUGCUUUAGCUGACCUGCUUGAAGCAGAGAAGAGGUUUCCUUUUGGUGAUCUUAACAAAGUUUCAAGCCCUGACGCUGAAUGCAAAGAUGACGGUGAAUCAGAGGAUGAUAGUGACGAUGACGAGGAUGCUGAUGUGGGCGAUGACAGUGAUGAUGAUGCGGAAGAUUCAUCUGGAGAAGAUGACGAUGAUGAACAAGGGGGUGCCGAUAGUGAUUCUGAUGCCAACGAUGAUGAAGACGAUGAUGACGAUGAUGACGAUGAAGACGACGACGAUGAUGAUGAUGAUGAAGAUGACGAGGAUGAUGAUGAAGACGACGAGGAAGAGGAAGGGAACCAACCACCAUUUAAGAAGAAAAAGUAGGAAAACAAUGUUGUUUGACUUGUUUCCAUUAGUCCAUUUGUUUCAUUAGUCAUUACCAGAUUUAGAUCUUGAGAUUUUUGACUUUAGAUCAGGACAUUUUUAUUUUCCAAUUUUGUAAGAUUUUAUAUUUUAUUGCAUUAGGAUAAGGAUCAUUAUAGAACA